AAAAUCGAAGACGUCAAACGUGCCACUUGACAGCUUCAUUCGUCUCAAGAACUCGUGAAAUUGAAGCGAUUCGGACGCAACUUUGCAAACAAGUUCAGUGAAGCCUUUUGCAUCAAACAACAAGAAAAACUAAAUCAACAUGGGUGUUCCAGCUGGUGAUGUCGAGAAGGGCAAGAAAUUGUUCGUACAACGUUGUGCUCAGUGCCACACCGUCGAGAAGGGUGGAAAGCACAAGACUGGUCCCAACUUGAACGGCUUGUUUGGACGCAAAACUGGUCAAGCUGUCGGUUUCUCCUACACCGACGCCAACGUCAAGAAGGGAAUUACCUGGGGCGAAGACACACUCUUCGAGUACUUGGAAAACCCCAAGAAAUACAUCCCCGGAACAAAGAUGGUGUUUGCUGGUCUCAAGAAACCCCAAGAGCGUGCCGACCUUAUCGCUUACUUGAAAGACUCCACCAAGUAAACUCUUUAAAAAAAAAACUCAAAAUUCACAAAAAAAAAAAUAGGACAAUUGACUAAAAAAUUAAAAAAAAAACUGCCAAAUUAUCAGACGAAGAACAAGUUUUGGCAUUCAACUAAAUAUAAACUACAAACUACUCGUUACCACGAACGUUACGCGCAUUUAGAGUAAAAUCCUGGCAUUUUUUGUUCUGUCCCAAAUUCUUUUAAGCAAUAAUUUUACUUUUUUGUCUCACAGAUUCCAGAUACAUACAUUUAUUUUUGUUCAGAAAUAAAAUUUAUUUUCUCUAUAUUUUAAUAUAAAGAUAUAAAAAACUAAUAUUUAAUAGCAAAUUAUUUAUUGUACAUUUAAAA